CUUGGGGGAAAGGGACCCCACUAUGAUUCUUUUCUUUCUUUUUACUGGUUGUGGCUCCUAUCAAGUUACCGAAGCUACUCCUCCCCAAAACCUUCCAUCAACUACGAAAGAUCAAUUCCACCCAUUGACAUUUGACUUUGACACAUCCUAGCUUCCGUUACGGCCUCCAGUGAUUUACACUCAUUUUCCCUUAUAGUUACAAAACAAUCUCCUCCCAACUCGCCGAAAUGUAUGCUACACGAGCUUUGAGAAUGAUGCCUACUAGGCGCAUGAUGUUUCCUAUUCCCAAAGAGGAACAGAGCGCACAUACCGUCUCUCAGCGCCUCCGAAAGUUGCGACAAAUUCCGGCAGAAUUGAUCCCUCUCGGAGUUGUCGUUGGCUUCGCCGUCUUUGCUGCCACCUAUUCCAGCCUUCGCAAGUUCACCGUGGACAAGAACCUCAGACUCAGCCGCCAAAACCGUAAGGAGGACUCCCCGGAGCACGGCGAGGAACACUAAGCAAGGUCUACAUGACAUGAGCGCAAGGUUGAACUAUGGUCAAUCGAAAUGGGCUCACUGGGGAAGGGCGCAUUCUGGUUUUUGGAGAAGCAAAGCACUGUAUAUGUUACACGUAGCCACGGGGGUGAAAAAUGUCAAAUAUGAGAGACUAAGCAUGGUAUAGACUUCAGUCGCAAGCUCCUAUUCUGAAGACUUCCCUUUGUGCCC